UAAAGGAGACAGAAGAAGUGCAGUGGAGUUGUGAAUCGUGAUUACUUAUAGUGGUGCUUCUCCAACGCAAAAGCUAAAACGCUAACCACACAAACAACUCAACACAAAGUUUUCUUUCAACUCAUUCAUUCACAUGACUCGUCCCUUCAGAUAUCUCGGCGAGCUCAACUCGUCUUCCUCCGACUCAUCUGAUUCCUCCGUCGUUGAUUCCGACUUCGUCGUUAUCCUCGCCGCUCUCCUCUGCGCACUCAUCUGCGUUCUAGGUCUCGUCGCCGUCGCACGUUGCGGUUGUCUUCGUCGCUUACGUAUCUCCUCCACCACCCUCACGUCUACAACUACACCUCCUGCUGCAGCUAACAAAGGCGUCAAGAAGAAGGUUUUGCGCUCUCUUCCGAAACACACAGCGACAGCCGAAUCUGCUGUUAAAUUCUCCGAUUGCGCGAUCUGUCUGAGCGAAUUCACCGCCGGAGAUGAAAUCCGAGUGUUGCCUCAGUGCGGUCAUGGAUUCCACGUGUCUUGUAUCGACGCGUGGCUCAGAUCUCAUUCUUCGUGUCCGUCUUGCCGUCAGAUUCUGGUAGUUUCUAGAUGCGACAAAUGCGGUGGAAUCCCCGUCGCUACUGCUACUGCUACUAAUACCGCUGCCUGCUCUAGCUCCGCGCCGGCGCUGGUGCCGGAGCCUGAGACUAGAUUAAAGGUAAGGGAGGACGACGGCAAUAGAUUCUUGCCUUAACUGAAAAUUAGUGAAUGUUUCAAAUUAAUCUUGUGUAUAUUAAGAUAAGCAUGAAAAGGAUUGUGUGUAAUAAUAGUUUAAAAAUUGAAAUUCGAAUAGGAAUUAGUAGUUAAUUAGAUAUAGCGCGUAGGAUUAGAACAAGUUAUGUUGUUGCAUUCGCACUCCGUCGAGUCGAUUGCGGUAAAUUUGAAUCUGUACAAUUUGGCGUCCAUUAAGUUCAACUGGAUUGAAUAAUCAUUUUUUUUUCCUUCUA